UCACUAAGCCUGAUCACGUGUUCCCCGUUCUCACCCUCUGUACGAUCCCUGCGACACAUACGGAACCGGAUCACACGCGGCGUCCUCCAAACCGAUCUACAAAAACCCAACAAAACAUCUCUCCGUAAUUUCCCUUCAAGCCUGCCGCCGCCGCACCCACUGAAGCGGGCGGCACACACACCAUGGUCGGCCACCAAAUCGACCGUACGGUCUUCGCAGUGCUGGUAUUGGUCACGUGCAUCGGCCACGAUGAGGCCGUGCUGACAAGAAGUCAACAACCGAGCUCAGGCACCGGCGGUGCACAGCGUUUUAAUCAGCAGCGUCCCGCACAAUCAGGGCGCAGGCCUCCGACGAACAUCCGGAACAAUCAACGACACCCCAGCAACAACGGUUCCUACGACUACUUCAUUCUCAGUCAGCAAUGGAGUCCGGGAUCGUGCGCCACUGAAUCACGGUGCGUGACCGGAAGCAAGAGGAGAUUCUGGACCAUUCACGGGCUAUGGCCUAGCGGUGACUACGCGUCUCCCAGCUACUGCCUGGACGAACGCUUCGAUGGCCGAGUUCUCGAUCCCAUUAAAGGUAGCCUGAACCAGUACUGGCCUUCAUUGACCAGCACUCAAGCCCGGUUUUUCACCUUCUGGCGACACCAAUGGCAGAAACAUGGGACAUGCGCGGGAGACGUUCCUCAGUUAGCCGGUCUCCUCAAGUUCUUCAACACGACUCUGGCGGUAUAUAGGAGAUACAACGUUUACGAGUUCCUUUCCAACAGCAACAUUACGCCGAGCACAACUCGUACGUACUCGGUGAACAACAUUCGAAAUGCUCUCUCAGAUGAUAUUCGAGAGAAGGUCAACAUCGUCUGCACGCGCUCGCAGACAUUAUUAGCGCCAGUGCUGACGGAAAUUCGAUUCUGUCUGGACAAGACCUUGUCUUUAGUGCACUGCCAAGGAAGGACGAGCGGUUGUACAUCGAGAAACUACUACCUACCCUACUGACCACUGCGGUAGUCAUGAAAGAUCACCAUUUCGGAGGCUGCACGAAUAAGAAAAGUUGGUCCAGAAACGCCUGCAUAUUCCUGCAUUCACUUGAAGAUGUCUUUCCGAGUCAGUUCAGCUGUCCACGUGUAAACAUGCGACCGAGCACAGAAUAUAUAGGAUAGGAUAGGAUUUAAGAUAUAUUUUCUAUUUCUAAUCUAAUCUAACCUAUAGGAUAAAAAACAUCGCACCACAGCCUGACAAUCGAACACGGGGCUUUAUCAGCUUUUGCUGAAUAACAACAACAACAACAACAACAAAUACACUGAUGAUGAUGAAUGGGGAAAUUCGCUUUUGCUGAACAAAAACUACAACACUAUUGUAUUCUGCAUAAAAUGGUGAAACCACAUCGUGUGCAUUACUGAUACGAAUACGACGCAGUCACCUGCCUCUGUGCUGCCGGUGACUAAGCUGGAUAAAUUGAUUUGGUGUGGUGAUAAAGAAUUCUGGACAUUUGGAAUUUUAUGACAGGAUGUCGGCAAUAAAGGUGUGCAACUUUUGUAAAAUCCAAUUUGGAAUGUUGGAACAUAUUUUCGCUUGCACGUCGCACACGCUGCGAUACAUCAAUGCUGCUUACCGUUAUCUUCUUGGGGCACAAUAAAUGCCAUUUAUUCUGGUUCA